AUGACUCGGAUCCUCCUCAUAGGAGCCACUGGCUAUAUCGGCACUGCUGUUGCAAGCGAACUCCUCCGCUCCGGCUUGCACACCGUCUAUGGUCUCGCGAGAACCCCCGAGAAAGCAGCCCAACUCGUGGCAAAAGAGAUCAUACCCGUCAUUGGUUCCGUCACUGACUCUGCAGCGUACGUCUCGCUGAUCAAAUCCGCCCGUAUACAUAUCGUCGUCGAUUGCGCUGGCGCCAAUGAUGGCUCAUUUCAGGUCCUCAAAGACCUCAAACAAAUCGGCAUUGAGCGACAGAAGGAAGGUGGUGCUAAACUCGGCUUUGUCUAUUGCAGCGGCACCUGGGUUCAUGGGUCGUCCUUCGAACGGGUUAGCGACCUCGAUCCUGUAGGAACAGCCGAUGCCAAGAACCCACCAGCGAAGAUGGUAGCUUGGAGACCCCAGUUAGAGCGAGAUAUUGUCGCCUCCAAAGAUGUUUUGAAUGUGGCUAUUAUUCGCCCGGGGCUAGUCUAUGGACGUGAAAGCCCAAUAUGGGGUGCUUUCCUGGGGCCGAUCUUUGCAGCUACACAGGAAGGCACGAGGCGCGAAUCUGUUCAACUACCAUUAGACCCACUCGCGCGACCAGGUCUGAUUCACGUAGAUGAUGUUGCAUCAGGCUUCCGAUGUGCAAUCGAGAAGCUUGAGCUUGUUUCUGGGACUGGUGUGUACCCUGUGUUCAGCAUUGUUAGCUCAUCCGAACCGAUGAGCCUCAUCAUCCAGUCAGCCGCAGAUAUCAUUGGAUUCAAAGGUGAAAUUCGACUUGCGGAGGAGAAGGACAACCCUUUCAGCGAAGCGAUGUCCGUCAGCAACAAUGACAACUCCUCACGGGCGAAGCAAUUGCUUGGCUGGGAACCAAGGAGAAUUGGUAUUGUGGGCUCGAUGGAUAUCUAUGUCAAGGCUUGGUUGGCUUCCCAAGCCACAGCCUGA